AUGGGUAAUUUAAUUUCUAAAAAAAAUCGUAGAGGGUUGAUUAACGAAGAAACGGAUAGUGAGCAUAAUGAAGUUGAUGAGCAUGAAGAAUUUUUUGAUUGUUUAAAUGAUUCGAACGAUGAUAAUGACGCAUGUGAAAUAACGCAUGAGACAAUUAAACCACAUUAUUAUGCCGUAUGGAUUCCAUCAAACGUUGAAAAAACAGAAACUCAAUUUAUAUUUGAUGACAUGAAAAGUGCAUUUGCAUUAUGUAAAAAGUACAGUAAACAUAAUAGUCGUGUUAAAGUAUUUUUAAAUCAAUGUGAUGCAGAGAAUUUUAUUGGCACAAAUGAAGAAGAUAUAAAUAAUUCGACAAUAACCGAUAGUAUAAAUCAAAUUGCUAAUCCGUCCAAAACGAAUAAUGAUGCUGAAAAGCUACCAUAUGGUGAUGUUCCCGUUAGUGAAUUAACAAAAUUACAAAUUGCUAGUGAAAAAGGGAAUGUUGAUGAAUUAGAACGUUUAGCGUGGUCUAAUCCACGAUAUCUAAUUAGUAGCGGUGAUUCACCAACAAUUGUCAAAAUAUCAACACGUUACAAUGUUUUACAUAUCGCAGCCUUCGCUGGUCAAGCCAGCAUUAUUCGGAUGAUGAUGAAAAUAAUUAAAGAUGUUAAGUUUAUUAAACGAUUAUAUGUAAAUGAUUCAGAUGAGCAAACACAAACACGUCUUAAAUACAUAGUCGAUAUGUAUCUGAAUACACCAGAUAAAAUGCAAAAUGAAACACCGUUGCAUUUAGCUUCGAAAUUUGGUCAUUAUGAAGCUGUUCGUGCUUUGUUAGAAGAACCUCAAUGUAUAAAAAAUAGUGUAAAUAUAUCUGGACAGACACCUGAUAAGAUUGUUUGUAGCAGGUGUAAAGACCCAUCAAAGGCAAAGAAGAUCAUUGAACUCUUUCAGACAAUGUUUUAUGUGCCAAUAUGUAGUCGAAAAGUAUCAUUAGGAAAAGAAUUAUUAAAACCAAUUGAUGAAACAACGUUUAAAUCAACAAUGCUAUUAAAUCAAUCAUUAUCUCCAGUUAAUGGAGCAGAUGAUGGUAGUGAUUUAGUUUUAACAGCAUAUGCCGGUCCAACUAUUUAUGAAACAGCUACAAACUUUUAUACUUCUGUAUAUUCAUCAACACAUGGUCAAUCUCGUCGAAAACAAAAUAUAACGUCAUCACCAAAGAGUCCUGUAAAUAUUUUACGUAGUGAUGCUGAGAAAGGCUUAGAAAGAAUUGCUAGAUCUUGUGCAAUUGAAGAAUACGACAUUGGUUGGAAUGAAUAUUGGCCAUUCUUAGAUAUGUAUACAAAUUUGUCAACUGAAGAAGGUUUAACAUUAUUACACUAUUAUUUAUUACAGCGUAUGCUGUAUACACAAAUAAUAAAAACAAUUGAACAAUGUCAAAAAUUAUCUACUCGUUAUAUCGGUAAUGGUGGAAAAAAUGAUUCAAUAUUAACGUGUAUUACAGAAUUAAGUCAAACAUUAUAUUCAGUAAUUGAUAUACUAGAAUUGAAUGAUCGUGAUUAUUGUGGAAUGGUAUUGAGUAAAAAAUAUAAAAGGCAUCUAGAAUAUGGUUUCAAUGAUGAACUAGAACAAAUUCGAUUAAAUCUCAUUGAUAAAUUAAAAUAUCUAUCAGAUAAUUGUUAUCAAUUAUUAUCAAAACCACUGUUGAAUCGUUUAACAAUGGUUUUUGGAUUUCUAGUUAGUUCAUCGGGUUGUGUUUUAAUUGAUAGUAUUUAUCAAAAACAACAAAGAAAUGGAAAACAAAAACGUCUAUCAACAUCACGUUUAAGUAUAUUAACAGCUAUAUGUCCAAAAGCUCGUCGGACACUUAUUGAUUAUCGAACAAAAUCAACAAAACGACAACGAACAUUUUCAUGUCCAGAUGAUAUUCUCGGGUCAGAUAGAAAAAUACGAUUGAUAAAUAGACAUUGUCGAUCAUUAAUUGAUAUUUCAUCGACAUAUUUUUACGAUAAUACUUCGUCAUAUUCAACGUUAAGUAUAAAAAAUAAUAAUAAUUCAUCCUUACUUAAAUGUCAAACAUCAAAUGUGUCCAUGGAUGAACUGUCACAGAAUAUAAGAAUUAGUUCAACAGCAACACCUGCAUUCUCAUCACAAUUUAGUGUUACUUCCAUGGAUACGAAUAGAGAUGACAAAUGGCAUUAUUUUUUAGCUGGUUCUCAACCAACGAAACUUGAUGCUCAUGUUAUACGUGCAAUAGAUGUUGGUAAAAACGGUACAAAAUUAAUGCAAAAAUUUCCAUUUAUUGUUAAAUGGUAUCAAGCUGUACAAUUGAGGCCAACUGAAGAACAAAACUCAUGGACAACACCUGUUAGACCAACACGAAAGGUUUUGUUUGAAUCUGAUGAAAGAAUGAUAACGCGUCAUAUGAAACGAAAAACGACAACUACGCCAUCCCCACCACCACUACUAUCGCAACUAGCUCAACCAUCAAAAACACUGACUAUCAAUUACGAAAAACGAAAAAAACCAAAUCAUUGA